AUGGUUGUUUUAAUAGCGGAUUGGUGGAAUGCAUUUGGUGGUGAUACUCUAGAGUUACAAAAGUUUGAUAUCCGAGUACUUAGCUUGACGUGUAGCGCUACCGGUUGUGAAAGAAAUUGGGGUGUCUUUCAACAACUUCAUACAAAGAGGAGGAACCGAUUGGCACAAAGCCGAUUAAAUGAUUUGGUGUAUGUUAAGUACAAUCGUUCAUUGAAGCGUCGAUAUGAACGAAAGGACACCACGGAUCCCAUACUUUUAGAUGAGAUUGUUGAAACUAAUGAGUGGGUGAUGGGAUACAUGGAUGAUGACCAAAAUCAAGCGAGAGAUGUUACUAAUUUGGUGCAUGAGGGUCAUGAUCUAACAUACAGUGAUGUUGAAAAGGCUAGUGGGGCAUCUGAGCCCUUAUAUUAUACUAGAUCGAAAGGAAAAGAUGUUGGUAGCUCCUCAACGGCCCCUACUCCUAGAUGUACUCGUGGAGUACAUCACUUGAUUGAUGAAGAUGCCGAAGAUAUUGAAGAAUAA